UUUGUUUUUUUGGUGGGAGGGCAAGAGGUUUGGCGCGGCGAUGGACUGGCAUGGCAUGGCUCGCCUCGGAUUCUUCCUGUGGGCUCUGCUGCAUGGAAUGUGGGGACUGAGCGCCGCCUGCCCGGAGUCCUGCACCUGCGCCGUCUCCACGAUUGUUUGCGUCCAUCCCGAACCGGGCAUCAAGGAUUUCCCGCUGCUGACGCUGGACGAGAUGGAGAACAUCAACGAGAUAUACAUCGCUAAUCAAAACCAGCUGUUAAAACUCAACAGCGACACUUUGAGGCACUACAUAAAUCUACGGAACCUAACAGUGACAAAGACCGGAUUGAUGGCUAUCUCCUAUGACGCAUUUUACAACAACACAAGACUCCAAUACGUAAAUCUGCGAGACAACAACCUGUCAAUACUGUCAUGGAGGACUUUCCAGAACUCGAACGCCAACUAUUCGCUCAUGCUGUCUGGAAACCCCCUGCAUUGUGUGUGUGACAACGUAUGGCUCAAACUUAGGAACCAAGAGAAACCGGAGGGCCAAGAGUUGAAAUGUAAAGACGAGAAAGGAGCAACAAAGGCCUUCGCCACGCUCACCCCGCCCAACUGCGUGGCUCCCCAAGUAGAGGUCACCCCCACGGUGGUGACCGAGAAAGAGGGGGGUAGUGUCAAAGCGUUGUGCAGCGCAUCGGGCUCACCUUCGCCAGAGAUCGACUGGAACCUUGACAUGAUUUCCUCUCGCUACGAGAUCAAGCCAAUGGAUAUGAAGCUCAGCCUGACCCUCUCAGACCUUUCGCCCGAAGAUAGCGGCAGGCUGAUCGCGUGCAGCGCGGAGAACAUGGUCGGCCAGACGGAGGCCAUGCUACAGCUGAAUGUUCUCUUUGCCCCCGUCAUCGUGCACCUGUCGGAGCCAACGCAGGACCAUGAGUGGUGCAUCCCCUUCAGCGUGACCGGCAACCCUAAGCCGGAGCUGCAGUGGUACUUUAAGAACGGGACCAUCCAGGAGCAGAACUACAUCCGCACUAUGUACCCCGAUUCCUUCAACAGCGAGUACCACGGCUGCCUGCAGCUCACCAACCCCACGCACAUCCACAACGGCGUGUACAGGCUGGUGGCCAAAAACGAGUACGGGAGGGACGAGAAGAAGGUUUCGGCCCAGUUUAUCAACCCACCGUUCGACCACACAGAAGACGAUACCUACUAUUACGCGACUGACACACCGCUGCCCCCCCUGGACGACAGUAUCGCCAUUUACGUUAUCGUGGGAAUUGCUGGAGUGGCGUUAACUGGCUGCAUUCUCAUGGUGAUCAUUCUCAAAUAUGGAAGAAACUCCAAGUUUGGAAUAAAAGGCUCUUCCUCAGUCAUCAGCAACGACGACGACUCUGCGAGCCCUCUCCAUCACGUCUCCAAUGGCAACAACACCCCGUCGUCCUCCGAAAUGGGUCCAGACGCAGUGAUGAUCGGGAUGACAAAGAUUCCUGUCAUUGAGAACCCGCAGUACUUCGGCAAAUCGGGCAGCAUGCUGAAAGCUGACACGUUCGUCCAACACAUCAAGAGACACAACAUCGUGCUGAAGCGGGAGCUCGGUGAAGGUGCGUUCGGCAAGGUCUUUCUAGCUGAGUGCUACAACUUGACACCUGACUACGAGAAGAUCCAUGUGGCCGUGAAGACGCUGAAGGAGGCCAGCGAGAGCGGGCGAGCAGACUUCUACCGAGAGGCGGAGCUGCUCACCAACCUGCAGCACGAGCACAUCGUCACCUUCUAUGGCGUGUGUGUGGAGAGCGACCCUCUCAUCAUGGUCUUUGAAUACAUGAAACAUGGCGACCUCAACAAGUUCCUCAGGUCCCACGGGCCCGACGCGGUUCUUAUGGCCGACGGUCAACACAGCAUCCUGGUGGAGCUGACCCAGUCCCAAAUGCUGCACAUCGCCCAGCAGAUUGCGGCCGGCAUGGUCUACUUGGCCUCUCAGCACUUUGUGCACAGAGACUUGGCCACCAGGAACUGCCUGGUCGGGGAGAACCUGCUGGUCAAGAUUGGAGAUUUCGGCAUGUCCAGAGACGUCUACAGCACAGACUACUACAGAGUGGGCGGUCACACGAUGCUACCCAUCCGCUGGAUGCCGCCAGAAAGCAUCAUGUACCGGCGCUUCACCACGGAGAGCGACGUGUGGAGUCUGGGCGUGGUCCUCUGGGAGAUCUUCACCUACGGCAAGCAGCCCUGGUACCAGCUCUCCAACAAUGAGGUGAUCGAGUGCAUCACGCAGGGACGUGUGCUCCAGCGGCCCCGCACCUGUCCCAAGGAGGUGUACGACCUGAUGCUUGGCUGCUGGCAGAGGGAGCCUUACAUGAGGCUCAACAUCAAGGAGAUCCACGCCAUGCUCCAGAGCCUCGCUAAGGCCUCCCCCGUCUAUCUGGACAUACUGGGCUGAGGAGGCGCUGUACAGUACGUGUGGGUGUGUGCGUGUGUGUGUGUGCGUGCGUGCGUGUGUGUGUGUGUGUGUGUGUGUGUGUGUGUGUGUGUGUGACAGAGAGAGAAAAUAGAUGAGGCAGGGGGGGCGUGCGGCUGUGUACAGUGCCUGGCUGUAAAUGUUUCUUGUAAAUGUUAAUUGUCCUCAUUUCAUUGAGAAAAGUCUUCAAUUUGGACUCAUUUUUGCUUUGCUUUAGCUUCCCUUCGGGGUGUUUACAGUCGGCCGUUUAAAAAGUCAUGCGUUUGUCAACAAGGGGCGCCAAAAUGCAUUGUGGCUGACGCGAGACCGUCAAUGACACAAAUACCAAGGCAUAGUCCUAAUGCAUAUUUACCGCAAAUGAACAAAAAGGAUUUGACGAAUUUACCGGGUUUUUUUAUGUGCGUAAGAAUAUUUCAAGAAAAUUACAAAUGUUGACUCAAUUAAUUUCAUAAUUUUAAAACAUAUCCCACAGUGAGAUUUAUUGUAAUAUUUUAAAAAUUCAAACCGUGUGCUCGAACAAUACCUUUUUUCAUAAUAAUUUUUUUAAGAAUAUCAUUUAAAUAUUGUUAUGUAAUAAAUAUAUUAUAUAUAUUCUACUCUGAUUAUAUUAUAUCAUAUUUAUUUCUCAGUGAUAUUGUCGUGUUUGUGAGAAAUGUAAUCCCUGAUUCUAUUUAUUUUCAUUAUAUAAUAUUUAUUUAUUAUUAUUUUAUUUUAUUACAUUUUAUUAAUUAUUUUUUAAUCAGAUCAGUGAAAGUUAUUGUCAUGAAUAUUUUACUCAUUUUCAGUGAAAUACUGAGUACUGACAUUUGAACUGUUGACAGUUACCUGAAUACAUUACAUUACUUUUGAGACAUCUUCCAAAUGUUUUAUUAUAAUAGCAUUUCAUGAAAACUGUAUAUAUUUAUAACUAUUUUAUAGUAUUUAUUUUUCAUUCAUAUUUUUCUUUCAGCUUUAAGUCUCAAAAUGUAGCUCUAAAUUACAUGUUUAUAUAUUACUUAUGAGUUACUGUUAUUCCGAUUGAUUUCAAAUCAAUCCCUAAAAGUAAAGAAUAUUUGGUACAUUAGUUUUUAUUUAUAAGGCACUUAUUGAAAUACCUCCAAAAAGUCAACUCUUUACAAAAUUGGAAUACAUUAGAGGACUUUUAUGAUUGUCCACUUUUUAAAUAUGACAACUAUCAAAAUGGUGUAUAAUA